CGCUCGCUCGCUGCCGCCCGGCCUUUUCCCUUUAAAGCAGCAUCAGCAGCAGCAGCACUUUCCUCGACAUUGCCCCGACUCCAUACCCAAUCCCCACUUCUUCCUUUGCCCAAAACCCAACCUUUCUCUCAUCAAGCAUCGUAUCAUACCUGGAAAUUUUUGGUGUUAGGUUCUUUUUUUCCAGCAUUCAACUGGAAUAUUAAGCCUGGCAUCAGCCGGGUUCCCAGUUCACCAGGCGUUGAGUUUAUUGUAGUUUUGUGUACCACUUGAGUGUUUUUUUUCUUGGGAAUUUGAUUUUUCCGAUAUGGGUGGUGGGGAUCACGGCAACGCCAAAUCGGACAUUUCACUCCCCGGAAUCUUUGCUAGCAGCGCCUUCGCCGCCUGCAUCGCCGAGGUGUGUACUCUGCCUUUGGACACAGCUAAGGUCAGGCUGCAGCUUCAAAAGAAGGCCGUUGAAGGGGAUGGACUGGCUUUGCCUAAAUACAGAGGCUUGUUGGGUACGGUGGGGACCAUUGCUAGAGAGGAAGGUAUGUCUGCAUUGUGGAAAGGAGUUGUGCCAGGACUACAUCGUCAAUGCCUGUUUGGAGGUCUCAGGAUUGGAUUGUAUGAACCUGUUAAGAACUUUUAUGUAGGCAAGGAUCAUGUGGGGGAUGUGCCUUUAUCAAAGAAAAUACUUGCUGCUCUCACAACCGGUGCUUUCGGUAUUAUGGUUGCAAAUCCCACAGAUCUUGUUAAAGUACGACUCCAAGCUGAGGGUAAGUUGCCACCUGGUGUGCCAAGGCGUUAUACAGGAGCAUUAGAUGCUUAUUCAAAAAUAGUGAGACAGGAAGGAAUUGCAGCCCUCUGGACCGGACUUGGGCCCAAUGUUGCACGAAAUGCCAUCAUUAAUGCUGCUGAACUAGCCAGUUAUGAUCAAGUGAAGCAGACAAUUCUGAAGAUCCCUGGGUUCACAGAUAAUGUUCUCACUCAUCUUUUAGCUGGUCUCGGAGCUGGUUUCUUUGCAGUCUGCAUUGGUUCUCCAGUUGAUGUGGUAAAGUCCAGAAUGAUGGGAGAUUCCGCAUACAAGAAUACGCUUGACUGUUUUGUCCAGACUUUGAAGAAUGACGGACCUCUUGCUUUCUACAAAGGCUUUAUCCCCAAUUUUGGGCGGCUAGGAUCAUGGAAUGUGAUCAUGUUUCUGACUUUAGAGCAGGCUAAGAAGUUUGUGAGAAGUAUAGAGUCAUCUUGAUUUUGAAGGAUGGGGUGUCAACCAAAACUGUGACGAUCCUAUCUUCGGACAUUCUUGUUAAACAUGGAAGCUUUGCGUUGGAGGGAAAUAAGAACCCCAACUUCUUCUUGUUGAUCUGGGUUCUGAAACCUAAUAAUAAGAUCAUGAGAACAGUUGAAAUUGGAGAGAGGAAUGGACUAAAAUGUCGAUCUUCAAUAUGUAAUCACAGCGUCCAUUAUUUUGCUCUUAGUUCCACAUACAUUAUUUGGUAGUAUCCUUUAUCUGACAUUUAUUUGAGGAAUUUGAGGUUCCAAAUCAUUCCGUGUAGAAAUGGAAAAAAUAUCUGCUCUCACAGAGUCCGCACAAA